AUGCGGCUCCCGACCUUCGACGGAAACAUCGAAAACUGGACAUCGUAUUUUGAUAGUUUCACGUCCAUGAUUGAUCAAAAUAUCGAUCUUACUCCCGUGCAGAAGUUGCAGUAUUUAAGAUCUACGCUCACGGGAAGGGCUGCCGCAUGUAGUCAGUGCUUAAGCACAACCGACGCGAAUUACGCGGACGCGAUCUCUCUGUUAAAAGAAAAGUUCGAUUGUAAACGGCAUAUACUUUUGAAACAUUGUGAUGCAAUAUUGUUGAUGCCUAAGCUAACGCGAGAUACGCCAGAAGCGUUAGGGGAAUUGGUGGACACGAUUCGCCAGAAUCUUAGUUCACUCAAAAAUUUAGACAUCAAUACAUCUUCGUGGGAUUGCAUUUUAAUCUCUGUUAUACUGUCUAAAAUUAGUGUAGACGCCGCGUGGCAGUGGGAAAUUUCCUUAAAAGAUAACCAGAUGCCAUCGUAUCAAAAUUUAUUGGAUUUCCUGGAAAAACGCGCGAACUGUUUGCCGACGAUUCAACCUAAACCGUCGGCGCCGAAGCAGACGAGCUAUGUUGCACUCGCGAAACCAACCCAUAAAUACGCAACACGGGCCCACGCGUUUGUACCGUCUGCGAACGCCAAUAAUCCUAAACGGCAACGCGAUCAAACACGGAAGAUGGACCCAACAAGAUCAACCAAGAUCAACCACGUCAACCGCGUUUACCGCGACAUCCGCGUCAACCGCGAGUCCUCCGUAAUGCGCGAUAUGUCACAGUUCGCACGGGAUCUGGAGCUGCGAGAAAUUCCACUCCCUUUCGAUUGA